CUCCUUUGGUCCAGCGCACUCUAGCAAAAUGGCGGGUGUCGUUGCUCGCUGUUUCCAAGUCCCGAGGAGACAAUUGGGUCUCCUUGGAACACUUUUGAACAGUUACCAGACCAGAACACUCGCUGAUGCCGCUCCCGAGGGAAAGAAAGUUGGAGGUCCUCUUUCUGACCAGGAUCGUAUAUUCACAAAUCUUUACGGCCGACAUGACUGGAGGCUGAAGGGAGCGCUGCAGCGGGGAGAUUGGUACAAGACGAAGGAAAUUUUAGCUAAGGGUGCGGAUUGGAUAAUUAAUGAAAUUAAAGUGUCGGGUUUACGUGGCAGAGGAGGUGCAGGGUUUCCAUCUGGCAUGAAAUGGUCAUUCAUGAACAAACCCUCGGAUGGGAGACCAAAAUAUUUGGUCAUCAAUGGUGACGAAGGAGAGCCUGGCACUUGCAAAGAUCGCGAGAUUCUACGCCACGAUCCACAUAAGCUCAUAGAAGGGUGUCUGAUUGCUGGGCGUGCCAUGGGAGCUUGUGCCGCCUACAUCUAUAUUCGUGGUGAAUUUUAUAACGAGUCCUCCAAUGUGCAAGUUGCCAUUGCCGAAGCGUACCAAGCUGGGUUAAUUGGGAAGAACGCCUGUGGCUCUGGUUAUGAUUUUGAUAUCUUUGUGCAAAGAGGUGCAGGUGCUUAUAUUUGUGGCGAGGAGACUGCUCUGAUUGAAUCCAUUGAAGGAAAACAGGGCAAGCCGAGAUUGAAGCCACCGUUCCCUGCUGAUGUUGGUUUAUUCGGGUGUCCAACCACAGUUACUAAUGUUGAAACUGUAGCAGUAGCGCCGACUAUUUGUCGGCGAGGUGGCACGUGGUUUGCAUCAUUUGGUCGUCCACGUAACAGUGGUACAAAAUUGUAUAACAUCUCGGGUCAUGUAAAUAAUCCUUGCACCGUCGAAGAAGAAAUGUCCAUUCCUUUGAAGGAACUGAUCGAGAGACACGCUGGCGGCGUAAUUGGAGGCUGGGAUAAUUUAUUGGGAGUAAUCCCUGGUGGAUCGUCGACUCCUAUUAUUCCAAAACAUGUUUGCGACACCGUGUUACUCGACUUCGAUGAUCUUGUGAGAGUGCAGAGUUCAUUCGGAACGGCUGCUCUUAUCGUGAUGAACAAGCAAACCGAUGUCAUCAAGGCUAUAGCACGUCUCAUAAGUUUCUACAAGCACGAAUCCUGUGGACAGUGUACUCCGUGUCGUGAAGGGAUCAGCUGGAUGUAUAAGAUUAUGUGCAGAUUUGUCGAAGGGAAUGCGGAGGAGCAUGAGAUCGACAUGCUCUGGGAGUUGACAAAGCAGAUCGAGCUGCACACAAUCUGUGCAUUGGCUGACGGAGCUGCUUGGCCAGUUCAAGGGCUCAUCAGACACUUUAGACCUGAAAUUGAGAGUCGAAUGAAGAGGUUUAAAGUAGCCGCAGUCAAUUAAUUCCCUUUGGUAAAGUAAUGUAUCGUCGAAGUGCAGAAACGAUGUGCGUGCUAUUUAUUCCCAAUGUAUAUAGACAUGCAAUCAGCACGUCGUAUUAGACUACUCUUGUAUGAUGAAAUCUUCAACUCCCACCACGCCGCAGGUCCGAUUAAUAAAUCCUGAAAUGAAAACCCGUGACGUACGUAAAUCAAUUUUUUUAUAUUUGCACCUUAUAGACAGAUAUAUAUCUGCUAGAGUGUUCAUUAAAUUUCAUUGCGAGUCCAUGUAACACCUAUUUUAGCGAAUAAACUUUUAGUUUACACGUU